CCCAGCAAUGGCCACCCACCUCCCGCCAGGCCUCUCCCCGGACUCAGUAGACGCCGUCACCGAGUUAUCCGCCAUCAUCCCCCACCUCCGCAGCGCCGCCGGCGCCUCCACCACCACCAACGCAACCGCCGGCCCAACAUCAACAACAACAACCGGCCCCUUGGCAGGCUUAGCCGUAGCCAACAGCAGCAGCAGCAGCCAAUUAACGACGACCCCGGCAGCAGGCGGCGGAGGCGGCAGCGUAACAGCCAUCACCCCUCUCCCCGCAACAACCACCGCCACAAGCAACCCCAACCGGAAUUCCAACACCAGCGGAGGAGAAAACCAGCUCCUCAUCACCGCCAAGCUCCUCACACCCAAAGACCUCCCCACCGCAACAGACAGCGUCAAGCACAAGCUGCAGCGCGCGCGGGCGGCCGUGCGCACGCUGGCCGACAUGCACCGGUCGAUUGCGGCGCAGGAGGCUGAAAUGGGCGUGCUGGAGGGGAAGCGGCGGGAGCAGGCCCGGAGAUUGGUGCGGACGCAGGAGGACGGGCUGGUUUUUGUGAGGCGGGGAAGCGGGGUGGAUGAGGAGGAGGAGGCGGUAGGGAAUCCGGAUCGGAUGGUUGAGUGA